AACACUAACUUUAUAUGAUGAAAUGUUUAAAUUGAAAAUAUGAAGACAACUUUUUGUUUGUUUGUUCUUGUGUUCACACUGGUGAUGAGUGGUGGUUCAGCUGCAGUUUGUGACUAUGACAUUAAACCAGUUACAGAAACAUUUGGAGGUGACGUGGGAGGGAUAAAUGUUAAGGAUAUUGAUGAAGACUGUGCUUCAAAACUGAAACAGGAGGCAUUCAUGUACCGGUUUCUGCUCAUAAGGGGUCAAAGUCUAGCAUGGCAAGACCAGGUAAAGUUCACGGAGCAACUAGGGACACCAUUUCGAGAGACAUCUUCCAUAAAUCGAAAAAAACAUGAAAAUAUACCGGACCCAAGACUGGGUUAUUUUUCAAAUGACCGUGCAGAGGGCCUCACAUCUGUAGGAGUCGAGGGUUGGCAUGUCGAUGGAAAUGUUGCGGAGGCCCCACAUUUAUUCACCAUUAUUUACUGCAUCAGCAAUAACAAGAAUGGGCCAACAUUGGUAAUUCCUUUGAGAGAAAUAGUGGAAAUGCUUAAUAAUGAAGAAAGAAAGUUUCUUGAGAAAAUACAUUUUGUAAGUGGCCACAAUUCUAGUAUAGUACAUCCUCUAUUGUACAAGGACCCUAACAGAAACGAUGACACUAUUAUGCUUGCAUUGGGAAAGCUGUCUGGACAGUAUUUGGAGGAAAUGGAAGAUAGCACAACCAGACAUAUGUCCACAGAAGAGACCAAGGCUGUAAUGGACUUGCUUGAGGUGAAAGUGUUGAGUUCAAACAAGAUAUAUGCCCACCAGUAUCAGCCUGGAGAUCUUAUGGUGCUGUAUAACCCAUCUAUAGCUCACAUAGCCGGGCCUGGGUCUCAGACACCAAGAGAAAUCUCCGGACUUCGUCUUAUGAGUAGGACAACAGUGAUUGGGGAGAAAAAGCCAUCAAAAACAUCAAAUAUAAAGUAUAAAUGCUCUAAACUACCUCCUUUUGAAAAUGGAUAUUGUUUAUUUUCUCUCAAAGGCUCCCUUUACUAUCCACAAAUAGGUGUGUUUGAUUCACAAGAUGUUGCAAGGAUCCGUUGCCAAAAUUUUAACCAGAACGCAGACCUUGCAGUGCUACCGACAGAAGAAUGGAAUGAAUUUGUGAGAAACAUAAUAUCUUGUACAGGGGAGCCCCACUGGGUCAAUGCACAGAACCCUGAGGGUAGUGAUAUUUUUUGGGAAGGCUUUGAGGAAAAGAGUAACUUUUCACUAUGGGACACUCGGUCUGGUCAGCCAAAUGACCAUGACAUGGACGAGGAAUGUGUGGUCAUCGGGCCGUUUGGCCACUGGUUUGACCUGCCCUGCAGUGGACCAAAAACUGGGCCUGGUAUGGAUGUGGGGCCUGUGAUGGUCUGGGAGGAUGGAAAGAGACAAAUGUGUAAUGUGUUUCCACUGUGUGGUGUAGACAUGGAAUAUCUAAGUGAACAUGAUGAUAUUCACCUAUCUUAAAUGCUGUCUUGUGUGGGGCGGCUGUUGUUUGGGUUUAUACUUGAGUAUCUAUAUGAGGUACAUCUGAAGUGAUAAUGAUUAUGUUCACCUUGUUUGUCAUAUUUCAAUGUAUUAUUAUGUAUUAUUAUGUAU